AAAGUAAAUCUGCACAAUGCCGAGGAUAAAAAAAAAGGGGCAAUGAUCUAGACUAAAAAUGCUAUGAAACCCUAUCAAAGCAGAAGGACUAAUAACAGUGAAAGCGAGAAGUAAAAACAGUGACGGCGAAAUCCAACGACGAGCAAGCACGCUUCUCAGACGAGGCGAAUCGUUGCUCUAGUAAGUUUCCGGAUUGAAUAUAAGAAAGGCCUUGGGCUCUUAAUUACACAAGUUUCCAAAACAAAUCUAGAUUUAACCCUUCCUUUGGCAAACGGUUUGUGAAAGAAAGCUUUUUUGGAGAUUUUUUUUUUCGGUGGAUGCAGCAGAAGAAAUCUGCGAUCCACAAACCCUAGGAGUUCUUCGUUGAUUGUCAUCUUUGUCGCCUGUGCAGAAGGUUAGGUUUCUGCAAAUUCGGAGGUACGGGGAAGAGCAAAUUUAUGCGUCCAUCUUCUCCUUUGGUUUGAGUGAAAAUGACAUCGAGCAUGACGGAAGAUAGCAUUUUUGAAGGCGAGGAUGAGCUAUCUUCAAUGACCACGGAAGAGCUUAUAAGGGGAGCUCGGCUUCUUGAUACCGAGAACCGUAUUCUGAAGGAUGAGGUGCAGAGAACAACACUGGAAUUGGAUGGAACCAAAGAGAAAAUAAAGGAAAAUCAGGAGAAAAUCAAAUUAAACAAACAACUUCCGUACUUAGUGGGUAAUAUCGUUGAGAUAUUGGAGAUGAACCCUGAGGAAGAAGCCGAAGAGGAUGGUGCAAAUGUUGAUUUAGAUUCUCAGAGGAAAGGCAAAUGUGUCGUGCUGAAGACAUCAACACGGCAAACAAUCUUUUUGCCUGUGGUUGGGCUAGUAGAUCCAGACAAACUCAAGCCUGGGGAUCUAGUGGGAGUGAAUAAAGAUAGCUAUUUAAUACUUGACACUUUGCCAUCCGAAUAUGAUUCUCGGGUGAAGGCUAUGGAAGUAGAUGAAAAACCAACUGAGGAUUACAAUGACAUUGGGGGGCUUGAAAAACAGAUUACCGAGUUGGUUGAGGCAAUUGUUCUGCCCAUGACUCACAAGGAGAGUUUUGAGAAACUUGGAAUUCGUCCACCAAAAGGUGUGCUGCUUUAUGGUCCCCCCGGCACUGGUAAAACACUCAUGGCACGUGCAUGUGCCGCACAGACUAAUGCAACCUUUCUAAAGCUUGCAGGUCCACAACUUGUCCAGAUGUUUAUUGGAGAUGGUGCGAAACUUGUUCGAGAUGCAUUUCAGCUUGCAAAAGAGAAAGCUCCUUGUAUUAUCUUUAUUGAUGAGGUUGAUGCAAUUGGAACCAAACGUUUUGACAGUGAAGUAAGCGGUGAUAGAGAAGUUCAACGCACUAUGCUAGAGCUAUUGAAUCAACUCGACGGCUUUAGCAGUGAUGAUCGUAUAAAGGUUAUAGCAGCCACAAAUCGUGCAGAUAUUUUAGACCCAGCCCUAAUGCGUUCUGGUCGUCUAGAUCGAAAGAUUGAGUUUCCUCACCCAACUGAGGAUGCCAGAGCACGUAUACUACAGAUUCAUUCAAGGAAAAUGACUGUUAACCCUGAUGUCAACUUUGAAGAGCUUGCACGUUCCACUGAUGAUUUUAAUGGUGCACAAUUGAAAGCUGUUUGUGUAGAAGCUGGUAUGCUUGCACUACGUAGGGAUGCAACUGAGGUAACCCAUGAAGAUUUUAACGAAGGAAUCAUUCAAGUACAAGCUAAAAAGAAGGCCAGCUUGAAUUACUAUGCAUAGACCUAUGAUCAGACCAUCUCGCAGUUGAAAUUUAUAUUGAAGAGACAUUUUGAUAUUCAGUUCAUCUUGAGCUGAAUUUGUGUUACACAAGUGAUCUUAAAAUGCUCAUAACAUUAUGUAUAUUGGUUUGUAAAUGUUGCAACACUGAAUUCUCCUCAGAACUACACUAUAAAGCACUGAACCAUCUUUGAAGAGGCUUCAAUUAUGGAUGGCAUUAUGACCGUUCAUGUGGGAUGUUGAGGCAUUUUUUUUGAAAUUAACAUUUGAUAUCUGAUACAAUGCCAAAUUCAUUAGAAUUUAUUAAUAUUUAUUCUGCUUACA